AUGACGGCAAAUACAAAUAGAAAACAAUGGAGCAGAAAAAUAGAAUACGUUUUAACUAUACUCGGAUUUCUAAUGGGAUUUGGCAAUCUCUGGAGGUUUCCAUACAUUUGCAUGAAAAAUGGCGGCGGGGCUUUCCUGAUACCCUACUUAUUUGUCAUUUUCAUCGUUAUAAUUCCGGUGUAUUUCUUAGAAGAAUCUCUUGGUCAAUUUUCCGGAAAAUCGUUCAGGAAUGUUUGGAGCUAUUGUCCACUAGUGAAAGGGCUUGGAUUGGGUAUGCAGGUGAUGUUGGUGCCAUCAGUAUGCUAUUACGUGAUGUUAAUGACGUGGGCGGCAUAUUAUCUGUAUUCUGCUUUCCACAAUCCUUUACCUUGGAGUACCUGUGCAAAUGAAUGGAACACGGUAUACUGUUUUAACAUCGGUAAUACCACAAAUAACAGACUAAUGAAUUCUACCAAUGAUAUCAAUGAUCUUAAACUUGUGCAAGACCAGGUUACAUCAAGUACAAAUACGAGCCAGACGAGCGUGACAUUCCCAGUAAUGAAAAUCCAAAAUGCAGCAGAAGAAUUCUGGCAAUAUAAUGUGUUGGAUAUAUCCACCGGAAUAGAGUACUUCGGUUCACUCAAAGGCCACAUUGUAAUUUGUUUAGCACUGAUUUGGACUGUAGUCUAUCUGUGUGUCAUCAAUGGUAUCACGUCUACAAAGAAGGUAGUGUACGUGACAGCAACUAUUCCAUACCUGCUUCUUACAAUCCUGCUCGUCCACAAUCUGACGUUACCGGGAUCUUUCGAUGGUGUCGUCUUUUUCAUAAAACCGGAUUUCAAGUCACUUUUGAACAUACAGGUUUGGUUAGAAGCUGCAAUACAAGUCUUUCAUUCGAUGUCUAUCGGAACUGGACUGCAUAUCACAUUGGCGAGUUACAACAAAUUUAAUAACGAUUGUCUCAGAGAUGCAUUUGUAAUGACCCUUGCUGGAGAGGCUUUGACCAGUCUCUUUGGUGGAUUUGUUAUCUUCACGGCGCUCGGAUUUAUGGCUCAUCAAGCAAACGUUUCUAUAAAAGAAGUUACAAAUUCUGGCCCCGGAUUAGGUUUUGUGGCCUAUCCGAUUGCGUUAGCACAGAUGCCUCUCUCAAACAUAUGGGCAGUAUUGUUUUUCUUUGCUAUGGUAAUACUAGGAGUGCACAGUCAGUUUACGUCGACGGAGCAAGCCUACAAUUAUUUUGAGGAAUGCUAUCCGUUCAUGGCAAAAAAACCCAAAAUUUGUAGAGGAUGUUUAUCGCUGAUUGGCUUUGUACUUACUCUUCCAUUUUGUACACAAGUAGGGGUAUACCUCUUUCAGUUGUUUGAUUGGUAUAAUGCCGCAUUUGCACCGUUAUUUUUCGUAUUAGUAGAAUGUAUAUCGGUAGCCUGGUUGUAUG